AUCCGGAGUGAGUAGGAGCAAGCAAGCCAUGAGGCUUUAAGCCAUGUCCCAGCUCUUGUCUUCCUCGUCCUCCUCCUACACCAAGAACGGGAUUACAGACGAGCGGCACUCCCCCGGCUCGCAGGUGGCCAGAGGCACCACGACCCGGAGGAGCAGGUUGAAAAGAUCUGAUGGCAGUACGACUUCGACCAGUUUCAUCCUCAGACAGGGUUCAGCGGAUUCCUAUACAAGUAGACCAUCUGAUUCAGAUGUAUCAUUGGAAGAGGAUAGAGAAGCGAUUCGUCAGGAAAGAGAACAACAAGCAGCUAUCCAACUCGAAAGAGCAAAGUCGAAACCUGUAGCAUUUGCUGUGAAAACGAAUGUGAGUUAUUGUGGAGCUCUAGAUGAAGACGUCCCUGUUCCAAGCACUGCCAUCUCCUUUGAUGCCAAGGACUUUCUGCACAUUAAAGAGAAAUAUAAUAAUGAUUGGUGGAUAGGACGACUGGUUAAAGAGGGCUGUGAAAUUGGCUUCAUUCCAAGUCCACUUAGACUGGAAAAUAUCCGAAUCCAGCAGGAGCAGAAAAGAGGACGCUUUCAUGGAGGGAAAUCAGGCGGCAAUUCUUCUUCAAGUCUCGGAGAAAUGGUGUCAGGAACAUUUCGAGCAACGCCCACAUCAACUGCAAAACAGAAGCAAAAAGUGACGGAGCACAUUCCCCCUUAUGAUGUUGUACCAUCUAUGAGGCCGGUUGUGUUAGUGGGGCCUUCGCUGAAAGGUUAUGAGGUGACAGACAUGAUGCAGAAAGCCCUCUUUGACUUCUUGAAGCACAGGUUUGAUGGGAGGAUAUCUAUAACGAGAGUGACAGCUGACAUUUCUCUUGCUAAGAGGUCUGUCCUAAAUAAUCCCAGCAAGAGGGCAAUAAUCGAGCGGUCAAAUACACGAUCCAGCUUAGCUGAAGUACAAAGUGAAAUUGAAAGAAUCUUUGAGUUGGCAAGAUCCUUGCAACUGGUUGUCCUCGAUGCAGAUACUAUCAACCACCCAGCACAACUUAUAAAGACUUCCUUAGCACCAAUUAUUGUCCAUGUUAAAGUUUCAUCCCCAAAGGUUUUGCAACGGCUGAUUAAGUCUAGAGGAAAGUCCCAAAGUAAACACUUAAAUGUCCAAUUGGUGGCAGCUGAUAAACUUGCACAAUGUCCCCCAGAAAUGUUUGAUGUAAUUCUGGAUGAAAAUCAGCUUGAAGAUGCAUGUGAACAUUUGGCAGAAUACCUGGAGGCAUACUGGCGUGCUACACACACAACAAGUAGCACCCCUAUGACACCUCUCCUUGGAAGAAAUUUGGGCUCCACGGCACUUUCACCAUACCCCACUGCAAUCUCUGGAUUACAGAGCCAGCGCAUGAGGCACAGCAACCACUCUACUGAGAACUCUCCAAUUGAAAGACGAAGUCUGAUGGCCUCUGAUGAAAAUUAUCACAAUGAAAGGGCCCGGAAGAGUAGGAACCGCUUGUCUUCCAGUUCCCAACACAGCCGAGAUCAUUACCCUCUUGUGGAAGAAGAGUACUCUGACUCAUAUCAGGACACUUAUAAACCCCAUAGGAACCGAGGAUCACCUGGGGGAUAUAGCCAUGAUUCCCGGCAUAGGCUUUGA